AUGUCAGGGGUAAACCUGAGCAUGUUAUAUGCCAAGGUAAGUAUACCUUUGUUAAGACACCAUUCAGUCCCCCGCGAUUAUUUAUAUUAUGCCAAGUCGUUCACAAUAUUUACGGACAAUAACCCAUUGACAUACGUGUUAACGUGUGCGAAAUUAAAUGCAACAGGGCACCGUUGGGUCGCAGAAUUAGCGGACUACAACUUUACCAUCAAAUAUAGACCUGGAGUAGCAAACAAGGACGCAGAUGCCUUAUCGAGAAUGCCAAUGGACAUAGAUGAAUAUAUGAAAUUGUGCACCAAAGAAACCUCGCAAGACAGCGUACAAGCGUGUAUGAUUGGAAUUCAGGCACAAGAACCGUGGAUUACUGCGAUCACAGCAAAUCCCGAGGUACUGAACACAAGCGAAUUAAUACCCGAAUUAAGUGCACUACAAAAAUUGGACCCUAACGAAUUUAUCCGAGCUCAAGACAGCGAUCUGUGCAUCGGGAAAAUCCGCACGUUAAAGGCAAAGAACACAUACCCAACAGAGGAAGAGAUAAACCGUCUAACACCAGAGGCUAAAACUUUGCUGAGAGAAUGGAAAAGAUUAGAAAUAGGAACUGACGGAAUGUUGAGGAGAAAACGAGGACCAGUGAUGCAAUUGGUGCUGCCAUAUUGUUAUCGUAUGACAGUUUACAAAGAGCUUCAUCAGAAUAUUGGUCACCUGGGAGCUGAAAGAGUAGUUGAGCUUGCAAGGGAAAGGUUCUUUUGGCCACACAUGCAAAGGAACAUUACGCACUUUGUAACCAAGGAAUGUAGCUGUGUGAAACAACGAGCUCCAGCGAAGAAAACUCGUGCCCCAUUGCAAAAUAUAACUACUUAUGCGCCACUUGAACUCGUCUCAAUGGAUUUCCUACACCUUGAACGAAGCACUGGCGGGUACGAACUACGAAUACAUUCUCGUAAUAGUCGACCACUUUACUCGUUUCGCACAAGCGUAUCCAACCAAGAAUAAAGAAGCGCGAACCGCCGCAGAAAAACUGUACAACGAUUUUAUUCUUAAAUACGGAUUUCCAAGCCGGAUUCUACAUGAUCAGGGACGGGAGUUCGAGAAUAAAUUAUUUCAUCAAUUAGAAAAAUCGUCUGGGAUAAUUCGAUCGAGAACAACACCGUAUCACCCACAAGGCAACGGUAAAGCAGAAAGAUUCAAUAGAACGCUUUUGUCCAUGCUAAAGACACUGCCAGAGAAUCAGAAAAGACGAUGGGACCAACAUGUCUCGAAAGUUGUCCACGCAUAUAAUUGCACGAGAAAUGAUGCUACCGGUUUCUCGCCAUUUUUCCUACUUUUCGGUCGUUCUCGAAGAUUACCGAUAGAUUUGAUGUUUGGUUGUAACAAAGUUGAAGACAGACUCAACCACAAAGAUUAUGUGAAAAAGUGGUCUAGUGCAAUGAAUGACGCUUAUACUUUCGCCAGCGAACAUGCUACUAAAAACAGUUCAAAAGGAAAGAGACAUUAUGAUAAAGGUGCGAGAUAUUCUACGUUAAAGCCUGGUGAUCGUGUACUAGUAAGGAAUUUAAGUGAACGGGGUGGUCCUGGGAAGUUGCGAUCGCACUGGGAGAAAGACAUUCACAUUGUUGUAAAUUGCACGCCGGACAGUCCCGUGUAUGAAGUGAAACCAGAAGCGAAAGACGGAAGGAAACGAUUACUUCAUCGGAAUCUUUUGUUACCGUGCGAUUUCCUACCACUCACACCGGAACUACCAGAAAAAACAAUUCCAAAAUCCGUUGAAAAGAAGGGUAAAGGCCCAAUUGAAACUGCACGCAGAACAGCAGAACAGUGUGAAAGUGAUAGUGCAUGAUGACUCGGAGAUUUUGAUUCAAAUAUUACCUGAACAGAGAAAUUUUGAAAAUGAUUCAUUACAAGGAAACGAAGCGGUUGAUCGAAGUGAACCUAAUACGGCGGAUCCAGCAGACGAUAUAGCGCAAAACGAAGCUGCAGAGAACACUCAGGAGCCUAACCUGAACACGCAGCUGGAAGAGCAACAAAAUGAAGAACCAAUGCAACCUGCAACCGAAUCCCCACCUGCCCCACCAACACGACGGAGUACGCGAGUAAGGUAUGCACCAAACCCUUUAAAUUACAACCACCUUGGAAACCCAGAACAAUUCGUGUCGUCAGUUAAUGCAACACCAACCUUUUCCCCAUUUACCUAUCCACAGAGUUACCCACUGCCGCCACCGGCGCCAUUUAUUCCACCACCAUGGUUCUCUCCGUGGACCCCUCCAUUUCCUCAUCCCUUCUACCCUCCAGUAAUCUACCAAUGUCCGUGCUGGAACUCACAUUAUUUGAUGCCCUUUAACAUGGGUUACUAGACGUUUAAAUUUAUAACAAUUAUUAGUAUUUGGUUUAUGAACUUUACGAUAAUAAGUAGGUGUAAACUACUUUAAAACCUGUUACAGUGGGGGACGUGACCAAUUUAGAUCACUCUGUCUUGGGUACGCUGUAGAAAGACAGUCACGUGACGAAGCAGCAUGCUUGAAUUUUGUACUUUUUACUAGCUUUAUAAAAACGAUAUUUAAACCGACAAAAUGUAGUAUUUCGCGUAAUAGUUGAACGGGUAACAUUACGUGCGAGUAGGGUUUCGUUUUUAUUAUGCUCCGUUUACACUAUACCGGAUUGCUAUCGGAGUGGGUCAAAUUUUGUAGGUAUCGAAAGGCUGUGAAGAUUUUUAAUCUCAGAGACCCAAAUAUACAUGCCAAUUCUGUCAAACUAAUAAGCACUUGCUACUAGCCAUUGCUCCGUGACGGCAAAAGAAGAUGUAGUGAACGGCGAAUCUGGUAUAGUGAAAACACGGCCUUAUAAGAGUUGUGUUUAUUGCUUGUGUGUACAUCUAUAACUGGCCGUACAAACCUAUCCAACGCAUAAGCUUUUUAUAAAUGGCCAUAUCUUUCAAAUGAAGCUUUAGUAUUUACAGGGCUUAUGAUUGGAAUUGUAGCUAAAGUAUAGCGCUAUCCGAUAAAUAGCCUUGUUUGUACAACCCACGACCCCCCGUUUUUAGGUAUUCUUUUCUGGUGGAUUAUUCUAUAUCACUGGGUAAUCUCUAUGAUGAUUAUUGUAUGUCCAAUGAGUGAUAGCUUUAAAGUUUGUUCGUUCACUGCAAUCAGAUAUAUAAAUCAUGUUAACCGUGAUAGCUUUAAAGUUUGUUCGUUCACUGCAAUCAGAUAUAUAAAUCAUGUUAACCGUUGGUUGUCCGUUAAUCUCUCACUGUGGACACACGUGUUAGAAAUAUAUAUAUUUUAUUUCUUUUUUACGCGAGGUAGGGAAUCGUUUACAACAAUCUUAAAUAACUAUCAGUUCUUAAUGUUCGUCUUCUUGCAGUAGUUUUUCAAGAGUUCACUUCAGCCUUCAACUGGCUUUCACUGUUCGUGAUCUGUUCGUUAAUUUCUUCGUUUUGUCUUGUUUCGUUUGAGCUUUCUACAACUUUUCAUACAUAAUUUUUACUUCGUUGAGUCCACUCGAUAGUUCACUGGAGAGUCCACUAGCAAGUCUAUGUUCACUCACUUCACUCUAUAGUCCACUGAGAAUCCACUAUAGCAAGUCUAUGUUCACUCACUUCACUCUAUAGUCCACUGUCCACUGAAAGAUUACUGAGAUAUCAACCACUGACGAAUUUGGAUUGUGCAUGCCCUUUUAUACUAACGGUUGAGGGAUCUUGCACACGUGAUCUAACAAGUGGUGUGAGUUAUAUCCAGCCAAUCAACGUUGAGGUUUAAAAGUGUGGGUUGGCGUUGCUAGCUCGUUCCAGCUCGCACAUUCUGUUUAUUUAAGGCGUUGUCGCACUUGUCGGGUCGGUUCGCUGUUCAAUCGAUCAAUGUUAAAAUAUGUUCACAACUUAAAAUACUCAUCAAAAUAUCAUAGUAAAAACUUCAAACUAUACCUAUGUGAACCUUACUUUACCUACUAAACUAAAUUUACUUACAAUUUUAUCGAACCAAAAUUUUGAUGACGUAAUGUUAUAAUUACUCAACCGCGCGAAAUAUACCGAAGAAUGAUUGACAGAAAGGCCCUAAGCAUGCACAUUUUCAUGUCAGAGAAGAACCAGCCUUGGACUUUGAAUUAUGUAAACACAACAGCCCACCAUGCAAGGUUAUCGUCCAACUUUGACAAAUUAUUUAUCUUGCCUAAUGAACAGAUAAUUGACACUUUUACACAAGUCCGAAACGAUAUAUACUUUAUCUGAGUUUUACAGCAAAAAUGCUCAUUAUCUCUCCAUUUGACGUAACAAGUAUCUAUAUUUACCUGGGGUGCAAAUUGAACUAUUUUUAUACUAUUUAGAUAUACUUUCAUGAAAAUAAGACGUAGGCCAGGCCGAACGUGUUUACAUUUCCACAAGCCUAGGCCUAGACCUGCUCUAGGCCACCACUUGUAGUGAGCCCAGAUUUCCAGCUAUAGGCCAGGCCAAGACUAGGCCAAAGUCUGUUUACACUGUCAAAACGUAGGCCAAGGCUAAUGCAAGGCUUGUACUGUAAACACGUCUCAUGAAAUGUUGGGUGUUUAAGGCUACUUGUUACCAACCAUAGUCUUCUGAUUGCUAUUACUUGGUUAGUACAAUAGUGUAUUACGGUUUUUAGGUACAGACUAUACUGUUCAAUUCAAUCCGUUGGACGUGCACGGGGUGUCAAACAUCAUGUCGACGUUGAACCGCGCAUUUCAACACUUAUUUGACCGACUCACGAGUGACAUGGCACCUCACGAUCAAGUUCGCUUGAUCCUCAACUCGGAUCAGCUGGACAAAUCCAUUUCCUUGCCUUUCCUACAACGCGAUCGUCUAACGCCUGAACGUUUCCUGGCUGCUGUCGAGCGCGUCGUGCAGUCCAAUGACUAAUUUACUUUGGAUGACUCGGUCAGCGUCAACGUGGUCCAUGUGGAAAUGCCUCAGGGUGGCACCGGUCGUAAGCGUGAUGUUGUGAACCUGGAAAGUUUCCUAAGAAAAAAAGAUUGUAUCGUUCAAAUAAAAAAAAAGAUGAACUCUGUUGUGCCCGCGCGAUCGUAGUGGCCAAAGCAAAGCUGGACAAAGACCCACAGUACAAGAGUAUCGUUAAGCACGAAAGACCUCUUCAAAGAAACCUUGCUCAUCAACUUCACGAGUCAGCGGGUGUUCCUCUUGGUCCUUGUGGCAUCCCGGAAGUCAAGAAGUUCCAAACUGCUCUUCCUGAUUAUCAACUCAACAUGAUCUCCAAGGAACAUUUGAAUGCCCUCAUCUACUCAGGUCCUGAAGCUGAAAAACACCUAUAUUUGUACCAUCAUGACAACCAUUACGAUGUCAUCACAAGUAUGCCUGCCUUCCACGCCCGUAAACAGUAUUGCCAUAAAUGCAAGAAGGGCUACGACAAGAUUACUGACCAUCCCUUUGGCGAUCUGUGCAAGUUAUGUAAUACCCAAAACUGUCCCAUCGUUAAAUGGAAAUUUUGCAAAGACUGUAACCGUUUCUUUAAAAGUGACGAAUGCUUCAACCGCCAUAAAGAUGACGCCGGCCCUGCCAAAUCCCUGUGUCGUGCUUUAAUUAAAUGAAAGAAAUGCAAACGUGUUGUUACUCUUGCCAGUCUUCGUGAUCAUCACUGUGGCAAAGUCAGAUGUUCCACCUGUCAAAAAUACGUCAAGCCUGAAAACCAUCAAUGUUAUCUUCAACCUGUAAAGGCAAAGAAGACACGACCAAUUGAAGAAGGAAACGAUUUGCUCGAUGAUGCUGUGGCCAUGGAAAACGACGUAGAAGACACCAAAAACUUGAUGUUCUUCGACUUUGAGUGCACGCAAGACGAUGCUAAACACGUCCCCAAUCUGUGCGUAGUCCAGAACGAAAGCGGUGACGAGAAAGUCUUUUCUGGCCCAAACACUAAAGACGAGUUCUGCGAGUGGAUGUUUCAACAGGAAAAAGUGAAUACGACGUUUGUCGCGCAUAAUUUCCAGGCUUACGACGGGUACUUCAUCCUUCAAUACCUUUACAAGAAUGGUAUCACUCCAGAAAUCAUUACCCGUGGCGCAAAAAUCCUUUCGCUCAUUGUCCCCGAAAUGAACAUCAAGUUUAUUGAUUCUCUCUGUUUCAUCCCAAUGAAACUCGCCGCCUUCCCGAAAACGUUUGGUCUCACAGAGCUUCAGAAAGGUUACUUCCCUCAUUUCUUUAACCGUGCUGAGAACCAGGACUACGUUGGACCUCUUCCAGACUCGAAGUUCUACCAUCCUGAUGGCAUGAGCAGCGAUGACCGCGAAAAGUUUUAUACAUGGUACAACAACCAAGCCCAGCGUCAGUACGAGUUCGACUUUCAAGCCGAAAUUCUGCGAUACUGUCAAUCCGAUGUGGACAUUUUGCGUCGCUGUUGUCUCGAGUUCCGCGAACUUUUCCAUCAAAUUACAGAUGUUGACCCUUUUGCCUCUUGUCUCACCAUUGCCUCUGCUUGUAAUCUCGUCUUCCGUAAAACGUUUCUCCAGGAGAACACCAUCGCCGUCAUUCCUCCUUGCGGAUACAAGCCUGAAAACAAACAGUCUGUCAUCGCCUUGAAGAUGCUGGCCUGGGUCGCUCAACGUGAUAACAUUGCAAUUCGCCGCGCCCGGAACCACGGAGAACAGCGCAUUGGCAAAUAUCUUGUCGAUGGUUUCAACGUUGAGACAAACACUGUUUGGGAAAUUCAAGGAUGCCUGUGGCAUGGAUGCGAAAGGUGUUAUGCCAGAGAUACCGUGAAUCCGAUCAACCAUAUGACCAUGCAAGAUCUUAAGCAGCGAACCCUAGAGAAAAUCCAAUUCCUAAAGGACAACGGACACAAUGUCGUAGAGAUUUGGACGUGUGAUAUUGAGCAUCAACUUGCCAACGAACCCGAGAUGAAGGAUUUCUUCGACAAUUUCAAGAUCUCUGAACCUCUGGAACCUCGUCAUGCAUUCUUUGGUGGAAGGACUAACGCAACACGCCUAUACUACGACGUCCAGCCAGAAGAGAAGAUCCGCUAUGUCGAUUUCUGCAGCCUCUACCCAUGGUAUGUAUCUUGUUAAAGUCUUUUAACUCAAACGUGUUUGUCGUUAACCUUCUUAAGCAUUUUUUAGGUGUAACAAAUACGGCGAGUAUCCAACUGGCCAUCCCGAGAUUAUUACUGAGAACUUUCAACCCAUCAGUGACUACUUUGGUUUGGUGAAAUGUUCUGUGCUUCCUCCUCGUGCCCUAUACCACCCCGUCCUCCCUUACCGUACUCAGGGUAAAUUGAUAUUCCCGUUGUGUCGUACCUGUGCCGACAACCUUCAACAAGAACCCUGCCAUCACAGCGACGCCGAGCGAACACUUCAUGGGACGUGGGUGACUUUGGAGCUCGAGAAAGCAUUGGAGAAAGGCUACAAACUGGUGAGAAUCGACGAAGUUUGGCACUUCCCCGAGCAUACGGAUGGACUGUUUAAGGACUAUAUUGAUACGUUCCUCAAAAUCAAGCAAGAGGUAAGGCUUCAUCAUAUGUGUGAUAUUGUCACAUCAUUAGUUUCUUAUUAAUCCUUUCUCUUUUGCAGGCGAGUGGCUUUCCGCCGGAAUGUGACACCGACGAAAAGAAGGGGCAGUACAUCGCUGACUACGCCGCAAAAGAAGGUAUUCAGCUGGAUCCAAGACAGAUUGUGAAGAAUCCUGGUCUGAGGGCGUUGGCGAAGCUCAUGUUGAACUCUUUUUGGGGUAAGUGCAAUGGCAAAUUGUCCACUAACGGUACUUGUUUUUCUUAGGGAAAAAAACAAGUGUUUGUUAAAAACCUAUCAUUUCUUGUAGGAAAGUUUGCGCAACGACCCAAUAUGACCAAGGUCAAAAUCAUGUCGGAUCCAGCUGAAUAUUUUGACCUCCUAUCCAGCGAUCAGAUUAACGUCACCGACGCGAAUUUCAUCAAUGACGAGCUCAUCGAAGUCCAUUUCGAAAACGUUGACGAAUUCGUGGAAGCCGAUGGAAAGACAAAUGUAGUCAUCGCAGCGUUCACCACAGCCCACGCCCGCCUCAAGCUCUAUGGUGUCCUGGAGCAGUUAAAUCGCCGAGUCUUGUAUUUUGACACAGACUCAGUCAUCUAUGUUUCAAAGGAAGACGAAUGGGAGCCGACGACGGGAUCCUAUCUUGGUCAAUUAGCAGAUGAGUUAGAUGGAGGUUACAUUACCACCUUUGUGUCUGGAGGUCCUAAAAACUAUGCCUACGAGACAAACACAGACAAAACAGUAUGCAAAGUUAGAGGGAUCACCCUCAACUACAGAACUGCACAAAAUGUUAAUUUUAAUUUAAUGUGUGAUAUGGUUUGUUUAGAAGAGUUGUCUGAUCUCACAGAUAGCAUAACUGUAAAUAUACCAUACAAAAUAAAUAGACACUAA